AAUCUGAACAAACUCCCUUUGACACGCGUUGAAUAACUAUUUGUUAAUUUGUUUGACUAUCAAAUAAAUUGAAACGACAAUAUCAGUUGAGUCAUCCGAUGCCAUCCUUCCCUAUGAAGCCGAUCAUCUAAACAUUUUGACCCUCCUCCUCUUCUUUCUUCCUUUAUUAUUAUUUUUCUUUUUUCUUCUCUUUGUAGCAAUUCUUCAACUGGCCUGUGAAGAUGAUAAUAGGAACUUACAAAAGUAGUAGCGAUAAUUUCGCUGCUAGAAUGGAAGAAAAUGCAGUCCGAGAAGCGGCCGCGGCGGGUCUUCAGAGUGUUGAGAAGCUCAUAAAAUUACUCUCGCAAAAUCACCACUAUCUUCAACACGAGCAUCAACAACAGCAGCACCAGCAAAGGCAAGAUGAUUCCACCACAUCGGAUCAGAAUCAAAAUCAAGAUGAUUCAGAUUACACGGUUGUUGCUGAUCUUGCUGUUAAUAAGUUCAAGAAAGUUAUCUCCCUCCUCGACCGCUCUCGCACCGGCCAUGCCCGCUUUCGUCGCGGCCCUCUUCAUCACCAAACUGCACAACAAGCACAGCCGCUACCGCCGCCGCUGCCGUCGCAGCAGCAGCUGAAGCCGUCGCACGGCUCUGCUUUUACAAGGGUAUAUUCAUCAUCUCAGAUCCAAAGAUUACCACCUCUUCCGCAUAAUAACCACCCUCACCAUAGUCAACCCCAACCCCUUGGUCUACCAAAACCAAUUGAGCGCAAAGAUUCAUCAACUACCAUUAAUUUCUCAUCGUCACCUCCAAUUUCAGCGACUAAUUCGUACAUUUCGUCGUUAACUGGUGAUACCGAUAGUGUACAACCGUCGAUGUCUUCUGGGUUUCAAAUCACCAAUUUAUCCCAGGUCUCAUCCGUCGGUAAACCCUCUAUUUCUUCAUCCUCUUUGAAGCGGAAGUGUAAUUCCAUGGAUGAUUCCAAAUGUGGCGGAUCUUCUGGCCGUUGCCAUUGCCCCAAACGAAGGAAGUCAAGAAUGAAGAGGGUUGUUAGAGUGCCAGCAAUCAGUGUGAAAAUGGCUGAUAUUCCUCCAGAUGACUAUUCAUGGAGAAAAUACGGUCAGAAACCAAUCAAAGGAUCACCUCAUCCAAGGGGUUAUUACAAAUGUAGUAGCGUGCGAGGAUGUCCAGCGCGUAAACAUGUGGAGCGCGCGUUAGAUGACUCGUCAAUGUUGAUCGUGACAUACGAAGGCGAUCAUAGCCACCCACAGUCUGUCACCGACGCCACCGUUGCGGCCGCGCUUGUAUUAGAAUCCUCUUAGGCCUGUUUUCAUACGACUAUGUCCUUCUCAUUGUCAAUUCACAAACUAAACAAGAGAGAGAAAAAGAAAGAGAUAAGGGCCUACAACAUCAAUGGUGAAUAUUUGCUAUGAUCUUGGACAAAAAUCGGUGGGGCCCAUUGUUGAUCGGAUCAAAACCGUCCAAAACAAAGAAGACAGUGAUAAUAUAAAUUAUUAUUUAUUAUGAUGAUGAUAAUGAAGAUCUUGAAAUUGCAUACUUCGUAUGAUAUUAUGUUAAUGUUUUGUCAACGGGGCAACUUCUCCAAGAAGAUUAGAUUAAUUAGUGGGUGGUAUUGGUGGGUUUACGUCAUCUACCAAAUACUGCAUAAAAAUGAAACUCCACCUUCUUGUGACUUUUUUUUUCCUCUCUUUUAUAUGUUUAUUCUUUUGUUUUUUUAAAAUAUUUUUUUGGGAUUUUCUCCCACAAUUGUGCCCAUUUUACCCUUUAAUGUGGAACAAAAAAACUAAUAGAUGUACUUAGUAAUGGCCAGAGUAUAUUAAUGUUAGUGAAAGCUGUGGAUUUGGUGGGAGUUGAAUUAAUUAUUAUAAUGAUCAGGAAAAGGUCUCUUAUUACUCC